AUGGUGGAAUACAGACAGAAUAUGAGUAAUGUUAGGCUAGUAUUUGAUCGGAUAAAAAGCGAAGAGUUCUAUACAAAGAUCGAUGAAAUGAAUAAACUGACGAGAGCUCACAAAAAUACUUACAAGGAACUUCAACGACAACAAGAGGUAUGUUGGAUUAAUAACAAUAAAGUACAGAAGUACGAAUUAUGUCUGAAGACGGCCGAAAUGUCACGAAACCACCUGGCGGACAAACUAUCCAGUAAAAAUAUAAAAGCUCGAGAUCACAGCAUUAAACAGUUGCAGACGACACUAAAUGAUAAAAAGCAGAAAGCAGCAGAAUCCGCCAAGAAAUACCUAACUUUACUGACAAAAGAAAACAUGACUAGAAAUGCAAUGAGAAUGCUUGAGAGUGACCUACUGGACGAUAUAAGAUUCAACUUAGCAGAUCUUAUACACAGUGGAUUGGUGUCAAUGAAAUAUAUACCAGCAACACAAACUAACAAACUCUAUGAAGUACUUCCACACAUUGACAACUUUGACUGCAGAUUGGCUGCAGAAUCAAUUAUUGAGAAACUUAGCUCCAAAUACCAGUUCAGUUCACCACAGGAAUUUCAUGCUGCAAACGGGUUUCAAGUCAAGCUUCCAGAUAAACAGUAUGUUAACUACAAAUCAGGCAUACAUAUUAUGAAGGAACAACCAUCUGAGCUGAAACAACGCAAUAAUAAUAGUGAGUUCGUUUAUAAAUUUAAUUUAAUGGGAUAA